GGCGCUCUCUGCACUACAGCCCUUCUCGCGCCCACUGCCAGACUCCGGCGUUAUGGCUGCCGCCGUCCUCCGCGCCGCUUCUCUCUCCCCAGUGUUUCCCUUUUUCUUGUUCCUCCUGCUUCUCUCCGCUCCGCCGGGCAGCAGCGGCCUGCACACCAAGGGUGCCCUUCCCCUGGAUACAGUCACUUUCUACAAGGUCAUUCCCAAAAGCAAGUUCGUCCUGGUGAAGUUCGACACCCAGUAUCCCUACGGUGAGAAGCAGGAUGAGUUCAAGCGUCUGGCUGAGAACUCGGCCUCCAGCGAUGACCUCUUGGUGGCAGAGGUGGGAGUCUCAGAUUAUGGGGACAAGCUGAAUAUGGAGCUAAGUGAGAAAUACAAGCUGGACAAAGAGAACUACCCAGUCUACUACCUCUUCCGGGAUGGGGACGUUGAGAACCCAGUCCUGUAUAGUGGGGCAGUUAAGGUUGGAGCCAUCCAGCGCUGGCUGAAGGGGCAAGGGGUCUACCUAGGCAUGCCUGGCUGCCUGCCUGCCUACGACGCCCUUGCUGGAGAGUUCGUCAGGGCCUCUGGCGUGGAGGCCCGCCGGGCCCUUUUGAAGCGGGGGCAGGACAACCUCGCAAGUGUGAAGGAGACUGAGAAGAAGUGGGCCGAGCAGUACCUGAAGAUCAUGGGGAAGGUCUUAGACCAAGGUGAGGACUUCCCGGCGUCAGAGAUGACCCGGAUCACCAAGCUGAUUGAGAACAAGAUGAGCGAUGGGAAGAAGGCAGAGCUCCAGAAGAGCUUAAACAUCUUGACUGCCUUCCAGAAGAAGGGAGCCGAAAAGGAGGAGCUUUAAAAGGCACUCCGGGGUUUUCCAGAGUUUGGUGGGGGUGAGGAGGGAGAGUUAACUGCUGGCUGUGAGACCCCCUCUGGGAUUUAAGAAAUCUGAGCAUGCCCAGACACUGAUGCUGAUAUGAUCAUGCUUGGGACAUCACUAGAGCUAGUCCAGGUAGAGCUAGAACACUUACUCAGAUGGCUUGUGAAUUUCCUCCUCAGAAGGUAUUGGUGCUAUAAAGAAUGUACUGCCCACAUCCUUGAAAGGUGUAAUCCCGAUCCAAUUAAAGUUUCCAUGUUUUGGUUAAGUGGACCUGAAGCCAUUCAGUCUUCUUUUACAAAUUAUACUUAGGACCCAUGACCUGCUUUUUCCUUUAUUUUUUUAAUCCAAGCUGGUAUGGAUUCCACUUUACCAGGGUAACAGACUAUCCUGGUAACACUGUGGAAGCUGGCCCCAGGUCAAAUGCAAUAACUACUUUUCUCACACGUAAAACAGUACCUUACCUGGGACCCACUUUAACUGUGAUACGUGGAAGCUGGAGGCUACAAGAAAGCUCUGUGCUCCAUCAAGCAUGAACUAUUUCAGGCGCCCCACAAAUAACUGUUAAAAGCACCUGGCCCACGCUUGCUUACCCUCCACCUGUAUGAAAAACAUGUCUGUGUUGAGCAGUGAUAGCAUCUAAAAAACGGGCAACGUGAAAAAAGUAUAACCUUGAGCCCACCUUUUGGGGAAAGUUAAAGA